UAGCCAAAGCCAAGAAUAUAGCUAAAACUUCAAUAAUUUAUGUAAAACUUCAAGAAUCUAUGUAGUAUAUAUAUACCACAGAACAACAUCAACAACAAGUCAUUCAAUCAACAAACAUGAAGCUCCUUUGUUUGACUUUUGUCUUCUUGGUCUCCACGACUCUUACAACCGCAACUCCUCCAGACGCAACAGUCUACCAAAACUUCCUCCAAUGCUUCACAACCCAAACGCGCGCUCUUCCCAACACCUUAGCCGACGUCGUUUUCCCGCAAACCGCAGCCGGUUACACCCCCGCCCUACGCAACUACAUCCGAAACGCGCGUUUCAACACCACCGCGUCUCCCAAACCCGCGAUCGUGAUCGUCGCGCGUUCCGAGGCCCACGUCCAAGCCGCAGUCGUAUGCACCAAAACGCUGAAAUACCAGCUUAAAACCCGAAGCGGCGGCCACGACUACGAAGGCGUCUCUUACGUAUCCAACCUCCCCUUCUUCCUCCUCGACAUGUCGAGCUUCCGCGACAUCACCGUCGAGGGAGAAACCGCCUGGAUCGGAGCCGGCGUCACGCUAGGUGAAGUCUACUACCGUAUAUGGGAAAAGACCAAAACACACGGCUUCCCCGCCGGAGUCUGUCCCACCGUCGGCGCCGGAGGGCACAUUAGCGGCGGCGGGUACGGAAACAUGAUCAGAAAGUACGGUCUCUCCGUCGACUACGUCACAGACGCGAAGAUCGUGGACGUUAACGGGCGCGUUCUUGACCGUAAAGGAAUGGGAGAAGAUCUCUUCUGGGCUAUUAACGGAGGAGGCGGGGCGAGUUUCGGCGUGAUCUUGGGUUUCAAGAUCACGCUCGUCCCCGUCCCCGAGACCGUUACGGUCUUCAGGGUCCAGAAGAACUUGGACGAGAACGCGGUCGACAUGGUUCACAAAUGGCAGUUCGUUGCUCCGAAAACCGAUCCUGGUCUCUUCAUGAGGGUGUUAUUACAGCCCGUGACGAGAAACAAGAUGCAGACCGUUCGCGCCUCGGUCUUGGCCUUGUUUCUCGGCAAGUCGAGCGAGGUUUUGUCUCUACUAAACAAAGACUUCCCAGAGCUUGGUUUAAAGCAAGAGAACUGCACGGAGCUCACUUGGAUUCAGUCCGUGCUGUGGUGGGAUAACCACGACAACGCUACGCUGGUUAAACCCGAGGUGCUCCUCGAGCGUAACUUGGAUACGGCGUCUUACGGGAAGAGGAAGUCAGAUUUCGUGGAGAAGGAGAUUACUAAAGAAGGGUUAGAUUACUUGAUGAAGAAGAUGAUCGAGGUUGGGAAGAUUGGUCUUGUGUUUAACCCUUACGGUGGGAAGGUGAGCGAGGUGGCUACGACGAAGACUCCUUUCCCGCAUAGGACCAAGCUUUACAAGGUGCAGCACUCGAUGAACUGGAAAGAUCCGGGGCCUGAAGCUGAGACCAGUUUCUUGGAGAAGGCGAAAAGCUUUUAUAGCUACAUGGCUCCUUUUGUGACCAAGAGCCCUAGACACACGUAUUUGAAUUACAGGGAUUUGGAUAUUGGAGUUAAUACUCAUGGUCCGAAUAGUUAUAGAGAAGGAGAGGUUUAUGGGAGGAAGUAUUUUGGAGAGAAUUUUGAUCGGUUGGUGAAGGUGAAAAGUACUGUGGAUCCUGAGAAUUUCUUUAGAGAUGAACAGAGCAUACCUACCUUGCCUAGCAAGCCAGCUAACACACCCGCUAAACCAGCUCUAUAAACCCUAGUUCAUAGCAAUGUUGAAAGAAGCGCCAGGCAG